AAAUAUGUCCGUUAAAAGUGGGUCAAAAUCGAGUCCGAAGGAGUCGGUUACAUACAUACAUACAUACAGGUGAAGCUAAUUAAAGCGUGUAAUAAAUGGGUAUGAUUAAAUGGUUUAGUUAGAAUGUACCACUUUCCUACAAAUGAAAUAUAAAACAUCCGCAUGUAUAACGUAGAUAUUAUUCAUUAUUUACAGAAGACAUACGCAAACAAAAUUUGACGAGUAUGUAGUAUAAUUAAAAUGGAUGUGGAUCUUAGCAACAGUAUCGCGUAUUACAUAAAAUGGAGUUAAGUGAAAAACAGAGCAAGAACUAUGUGGAUCAUGGUGAUCCACCAGAAUCAAAAUAUACCCACAGUAACAAUGAGCAGAAAGAAUAUGACUUUGUUGCCAACCGACCUGUACGAAAACGAAAUAACCUCUUCGAAGCAGUAGGUCACUUUGUAAAAAGUUGUCUUGGAGGUGGAAUUCUUGGUAUCCACGAGGCAUUCAUGAAAUGUGGACUUUGGACUGCUCUUUUUGUGUCUAUUAUCUUUGGAAUCUACAUCUCAUAUUGCUUACACAUGUUGGUAAGUGCGGCACAGAAGUUGUGUAAACAGUUGCACGUCCCUGAGAUGUCAUAUCCAGACGUGGCAGAGGCUUCGCUUGAAGUCUGUCCUUUCCCCUCAUUGAGGCGAUAUAGCAAAUGGUUCAGGUACGCAGUUGACCUAACAAUUAUCAUAGACUUAUUUGGAGCAUCUUGCGUCUACCAGAUAAUGAUAGCUAAAACUAUUAUGGAAGUUGUGGAAAAUCGUGAAGGUUCUAAUGAAUUGGACCUGGGUAGAUUACGGCUUUACAUUUUGGCGUUGUUGAUACCGAUUUUAAUACUUUGUAUGAUACGAAGUUUAAAAUAUUUGGCACCGUUUUCUAUAAUUGGGGAUAUAUUUAUUGUGAUUUGCGUGAUUGCGACUGUUGUGUACGGUCUCAGAUCGGCUCCCCCCAUUUCCACGGUACCAGGAUGGAAGGACGCCGUGGGUUUCUUUGAAUUCUGUGGUAUUGUUGUAUUUAGUCUAGAAGCUAUCGCGGUCAUGUUACCAAUAGAAAAUAAUAUGAAAAAUCCUAAACAGUAUCCUGCUGUAAUUGCAUGUGGUAUGUUCACAGUGUUAUUAUUUCUAUUAACAAUUGGUUUCUUUGGGUAUUGGGGCUUCGGUGAGAACUGCGUUACCCCAGUCACAUUGAACUUCCCUAACGAUAUAUUUCCUACAGUCAUCAAAAGUCUAAUCGGAGUCAUGAUUUUCCUUACAUUUGCCCUCAACUUUUGGGUUCCUUUCAAUCUGGUCUGGCACUACAUAUCAAAAAGGCAUGACCCGAAGAAACAUUGGAUUUGGGAGAGAGUGUACAGAGCGAUUUUCAUUGUCUUAAUAACUAUAAUUUCAAUUAUAUUUCCUAAUAUUGGAAACUUUAUGGGUUUGCUUGGGGCUUUUGCUCUAUCAAACAUGGGCUUCAUAUUCCCAGCCAUAAUAGAUUUAGUAAUUGUAUGGGAGAGGCCAGGCCUAGGAAAAUGGAGAUGGCGUCUCUGGAGAAACAUUGCUAUAAUAUUUGUUGGAAUACUUCUCUUCUUUGCUGGAACUUAUUCUAAUGUUAAAGGACUAUUAAAAACCAUAUUAUAGCUAUUAUGUAUGUCCAUAAUUUACGUUCAAUGAAUUAUAAGGAAGCCGUAUAAUUUUCUUUAUAUUUCAAAAAUUUGUUUUUAAUAAAUAUUGUACAUAGCACUUA